GUGCAGCUCCUUAAAGUACAGAUAGCUCCGUCAUGUGACGGGUUUUGGUGGAGCGCCUCGAUGAUAUCUCGGUGCGCGAUUACAAAAUCCGGGUACACUCUUAUGCAGUUACAGCUUCUGGUUUCUAUAAGCAGGCGAUCUUUGAUCCCACGCUAA